AGUUUCCAACUGGAGGUUUCCACUAGCAGUUGGUCCCGGGCUGGCUCCCAUGACUUCUUCCUGAGUCAGGGUCCCUCUCAGGAUGGCAGCCCAGGCGCGGACCCCUCGUUCACACGUCUUAGGCUGCUCCUCCAUGCUGCACUUUGUCCGAAGCCUGGUGGGGAGGAAGGGCAGUUCUAAGAGUGCUAACAAGCAUCUGACCAGGAGCCAGCCCAGCUCCUCACAGGAGCAAGGUGUCGUCGGCUCCCCAGGGAUGGGCCACCAGGGAGAUCCUGGGAGGAAGGAGCCCCAGCCCAGGGUCCCCUCUGUAGCUUCCUCUAGUGGGAAGAGGGAGCCCCAGCCCGGGGUCCCCUCUGUAGCUUCCUCUAGUGGGAAGAGGGAGCCCCAGCCCGGGGUCCACUCUGUAGCUUCCUCUAGUGGGAAGAGGGAGCCCCAGCCCAGGGUCCACUCUGUAGCUUCCUCUAGUGGGAAGAGGGAACCCCAGCCCAGGGUCUCCUCUGUAGCUUCCUCUAGUGGGAAGAGGGAGCCCCAGCCCAGGGUCCUCUCUGCAGCUUCCUCUAGUGGGAAGAGGGAACCCCAGCCCAGGGUCUUCUCUGCAGCUUCCUCCAACCCAAGGCUCAAUGCCUUUGGGCAGGGCACUGGGGACUCGGGGUCCCAGACCCUCACCUCCAAGGAUGUCCCGAAGCUAAGGGCCCAGGGGGUUGAGGGAACAUCAGUUCCUACCAGAGGCGCUUGGGAGGUUCUGGAGUACCUGCCUGAGAAGAAAGAGGAGGAAGAGCCAGCAGGGGAGGUCUCUGGGGCCUCAGACAGCUUUGAGUUUAGGGACCACUGCGGCCAGGCCCUGGAGGCGGAACAACAGUGGGUUCCCGGAACACUGGCACUCACCUCUGGGGCCUUCAUCAAGGAGGAAGAGGAUGAACACUGCCUAAUCGACUUUGGAGACCUCAAGCUGUCCUCUUGCAAAGUGGGGUCCACCCCGUGGAACUACCUCCUAGGCUUGUACAAGCAGCUCCAGAAGUCAGCCAUGGCCAAGGCUCAGAGACCAACCACGCCUCCGUUGGCUCUCGAGGAUGUAUUGCCCCACGAGGAGAAAGGGGAGAGAGAAGAAGCGGUGGAUGAGAGCAACCUCAAGUGGUGCGCCCCGCGCGCCUCCGCCGACCAGUCGCCGCUGCAGAAGAGGUUCAGGUCCACGGACACAGUGGGUUUCGUGGAGUCGGAGCUGAAGAAGAUUCUGGCAGUGCAACGAGAGGCUCGCCUCUGGAAGGUGGGCAACCCCGAGGGCCGGGAACUGCUGACCCAGCCAGACAUCACGCUGGAGGAGGCUGGCAUGGUGAAUGGCCAGCAUCUGCUCCUGGAGGAGAUAGACGAGAUGGGAAACUGGCCCCCUCCGGAGUGAGGCCGGUGCUGGCAGGAGCCCACCGUGCCCACGCUCCCGGGACCCCAGUCCAGCGUGUGCCUCUUGGGACACACUCAAGGAGUCCCUGGGGCCCUGGGUUUGGGGAUGAGCAGCAUCCUGUGUGUGUGCGAUGGGCCUGCCCCAACACCGUCCUCACCCGUCAGACUCCUGCAGAUGAUGUUAUUAAUAAAAGCUUAGUUUGACACGCAU